CCAGCCCUUAUUUGUAAUCCUAUGUAGAGAAGAACUCUCUCCCUUCUUUCUCUCUUCUCUGUCUCUCAAUCAAAUCCUUUCGGCUGGAAAGGAGAUCCCGCGAUUUUCCUCUUCGAAGACGGCGAAGAGCCCUAAUUUUGAUGCGACCCUUCGUCAUUCAUCCACACAAGAUUCUGAAUCCGCGGCGCUGAUUCUGUUCUUGGUUCGCCAUGGCGGAAUUGGGGCAACAGACGGUGGAGUUCUCCUCUCUGGUCAGUCGAGCCGCAGAGGAAUCGUACUCGUCGCUCAAGGAACUCGUGGAGAAGUCCAAGUCGGCGGAGCUGUCGGAUACGGACAAGAAGAUUAGCCUCCUCAAGUACAUCGUCAAGACCCAGCAGCGGAUGCUUCGUCUCAAUGUGCUCGCCAAGUGGUGCAAACAGGUUCCCCUAAUAAAAUAUUGCCAGGACCUCGGGAGCACGUUAUCAGCUCAUGAUAUAUGCUUCACACAAGCAGCAGAUUCACUGUUUUUUAUGCAUGAAGGCCUUCAACAAGCCCGUGCACCUGUAUAUGAUGUUUCAUCUGCUGUCGAGAUUUUACUAACAGGAUCUUAUCAGAGGUUGCCAAAAUGUAUAGAAGAUGUGGGCAUGCAGAGCUCAUUGGAUGAGCAUCAGCAGAAACCAGCUCUAAAAAAGCUGGACGCACUUGUUCGUUCCAAACUUCUAGAAAUUACACUUCCGAAAGAAAUAGCUGAGGUGAAAGUUUCCAAAGGUACAGCGAUGCUAUGUGUGGAUGGGGAAUUUAAGGUUCUUGUUACCCUUGGUUACCGGGGUCACUUAUCAAUGUGGAGGAUAUUGCAUCUAGAUUUACUUGUUGGUGAAACAAGUGGCCCCAUUACACUCGAAGUGACUAGACGGCAUGCCCUUGGUGAUUACUUAGAGCGUAGAAUGUCAGUGGCAGAAAACCCAUUUACAAUAUUAUAUUCAGUGCUCCAUGAACUUUGUGUUACACUUGUCAUGGACACUGUCAUAAGGCAGGUCCAAGCUCUUCGGCAGGGAAGAUGGAAAGAUGCAAUUCGCUUUGAGCUAAUUUCUGAUACUGGUACCAUGCAAGUGAAUCAAGAAGGAGAGGCAGAUUCUGUUGGUCUUCGAACCCCGGGAGUGAAACUUAUGUAUUGGUUGGAUUCUGAUAAAAACUCUGGACCGUUCAUUAAGAUUGAACCAGGAUCAGACCUCCAGAUUAGGUGUCGUCAUAGCACAUUUAUAGUUGACCCACUAACUGGAAAGGAGGCUGAGUUUUCUCUUGAUCAGAGCUGUAUUGAUGUGGAAAAGCUUCUGCAUAAAGCCAUAUGUUGUAACAGAUAUACUCGUCUUCUUGAAAUUCAGAAAGAGCUUCUGAAAAAUGUCCGAAUCUCUCGUGCUCCUAGUGAUGUCAUUCUUCAACCCCUCCUGGAUAAGCCUGGUGUUGAGGCCAAAAAGGGAGAUGGCAAGGUGAAUGGUAAUGAACAAGUUGAGCCAGAAGUCUUACAUGUGCGCGCUUAUGGUUCACUGUUUUUCACGCUUGGGGUAAAUAUAAGGACUGGACGAUUUCUUCUUCAUUCAUCGAAGAGUAUCUUGACACCCUCCAUCCUGGAGGAAUUUGAAGAUGCUUUAAAUCAAGGGAAUAUGUCUGCUGUGGAGGCCUUUACCAAGUUGAGAAUCAAAAGCAUUUUGCAUCUUUUUGCUGCUGUUGGCAAGUUUUUGGGCCUUGAGGUCUAUGAACAUGGUUUUGCUGCAAGCAAAGCUCCUAAGAACCUCGUGGAUGAUUCAAGCAUCUUGAUCUUGGGAUUCCCUGAUUGUGGAAGCUCUCACCUUUUGCUUAUGGAGCUUGAUAAUGAUUUUACACCAAUGUUCAAAUUGGUAGAAACUCAGAUGGAUACAGCUGGCAAACCCCCGCAGUCUUUAAAUGAUCUGAGCAAUGUUUUGCGGGAGAAGAAAAUUGAUGUUGGUCAGAUGCGGAUUCGUGAGGAUGAACUUAAUUUGAUUACGCCUGAUGUGACUAGAUUUCUUUCUUCAUUUCCAGAUGUCAAGGGCUUAAAUCAAGCGUCUGAACAUGAUCAUCCUGGAUUGGGUGGCGUUGAGGGUUUGUCUGAACUGAGUCAAAGUCCAAUGAAUUUCUCUAGUAUCGUAGAUGAAGUGUUUGGACUUGAAAAAGGGGCAUCUGCAUUUACUUUACAUGAUCAGCAUGGUCCAAUCCCUGGGGUAGUUCCAUCGUUGGCUAGCUAUAAUAAUGGUUCCUUGUAUAAUUUGCAAUCUACUUCCUUUAAUUCUUUAUCAUCCCUCCCUGGGAAGGCUUCUGCUACGAAGAAGCUUGUUAUUUCUAACUCUGACCAUGAUUUAGCUUCCCUUAGAUUUCCUGACUUGGUCGAGGGUAGCACGGUGGACAGAGACCGGAAGAAUUUGUUGAAUGAUUCUUCUAGACUAUUGUCUCCAUCUAUGUCCACUGGGGCCCGAGUCUCUGUGUCGGGUGGCAGACUGGUCUCAGGCUCAUUGUCUUCGCUGCCUCCCGUAUCACAAACAUCAGACGAUCAGAAGUCACGGAAACGUUCAGCAUCAGAUUUGCUAGGCUUGAUCCCGUCUCUUCAAGGAGUGGGAGCUGUUACUGGUCCCAACAAGAGAAGGAAAACUUCUGAAUUGGUACCGAGUCUGUCCGCUACACCGCAGACCAUUUCUGCUGCUGCAACAACAAAAUUCUCUGGAUGCAGUUAUGGAGAUCUCAUAGCUGAAGCAAGCAAGGGAAAUGCACCAUCCAGUAUUUUUGUCUAUGCCCUUCUCCAUGUGGUCAGGCAUUCUUCAUUGUCCAUAAAGCACGCCAAACUAACUAGCCAGAUGGAGGCACUGUAUAUUCAAUAUGUUGAGGAAAUGGAUCUGGGAAAUGCAUCAUCCAAUAUAUGGUUCCGUCUACCAUUUGCCCAUAGUGAUUCAUGGCAACAAAUAUGCUUGCAGCUUGGCAGGCCAGGAAGCAUGCGUUGGGAUGUGAAAAUCAAUGACCAACACUUCAGGGAUAUUUGGGAACUUCAAAAGGGAAGUAAAAACAUGCCAUGGGGAUCUGGAGUUCGCAUAGCAAACUCGUCCGAUGUGGAUUCUCAUAUCUGUUAUGAUCCCGAAGGUGUUGUUCUGAGUUAUCGAUCUGUGGAAGCUGACAGUAUAAAGAGGCUUGUGGCUGACAUCCGACGGCUUUCAAAUGCUAGAAUGUUUUCCCUUGGUAUGCGAAAAUUACUUGGCAUAAGACCAGAUGACAAAACAGAAGAAUGCAGCCUCAGCCCAGAUGUUAAAGGACAGGCUGCAGGAAAAGGCUCUAUCGAGCCAGCUGAUAGACUGUCAGAGCAGAUGAGGAGGGCUUUCAAGAUAGAGGCAGUGGGAUUAACAAGUUUGUGGUUUAGUUUUGGUUCGGGUCUCUUAGCUCGUUUUGUUGUUGAGUGGGAAUCGGGUAAAGAUGGAUGCACCAUGCAUGUUUCUCCCGACCAACUGUGGCCCCAUACAAAAUUCUUGGAGGAUUUCAUAAAUGGAGCAGAGAUUGCAUCUCUUCUUGAUUGCAUUCGUCUUACUGCUGGGCCGUUACAUGCUCUAGCAGCUGCAACUCGACCUGCUCGGGCUGGGCCUGCCACCGGAUCUCCUGUUGUGCCUGCAGCGGUUGCUUCAAUUUCAAGACAGUUAAAUCAGAUGCAGCAAACUCAGGGAACUUCCACUGCAAGUUCAGCUUCCCCUAAUACCGGACAGACGACUUCAGCAAAUGCUGCUGCUCUUGGGGGAAGUUAUAGCCUUCAUGGGGCUGCCAUGUUAACAGCUGUUGGGCGAAGUGGACCUGGAAUCGUUCCAAGCUCUCUCUUGCCCAUUGAUGUCUCCGUGGUACUUCGUGGUCCCUAUUGGAUAAGGAUCAUAUACCGUAAGCGGUUUGCAGUAGACAUGAGAUGCUUUGCUGGAGAUCAGGUCUGGUUGCAACCUGCAACACCACCAAAGGGUGGUGCCUCUAUUGGGGGUUCCCUGCCAUGCCCCCAGUUCAGACCUUUCAUCAUGGAGCAUGUUGCUCAAGAAUUAAAUGGGUUAGAACCAAAUUUGACUCCUGGAGCAGCAAAUGCAAACACUACAAACCAAAAUCCAGGUGCACAAUUAGUAACAGCCAGUGGGAGUAGAGCCAAUUUCCCCGCCGCUACUGCGAUGUCAAGGGCAGCUAACCCGGCAGCUGGUUUGAGUCGUGCUGGUGGUGUUGCUACUUCUGCAUUGAGUGUUGUUGGCUCUGGAUUGCCUGUGCGAAGAUCUCCUGGCAGUACGAUGCCUGCACACGUAAGAGGUGAACUAAACACAGCAAUUAUUGGUCUUGGUGAUGAUGGUGGUUAUGGAGGUGGAUGGGUUCCUCUUGUGGCUCUUAAAAAGGUUUUAAGGGGUAUUCUCAAAUAUCUUGGAGUGCUAUGGUUAUUUGCUCAGUUACCCGACCUCUUGAGAGAGAUCUUAGGUUCAAUUUUGAAGGAGAAUGAAGGUGCUCUCUUGAAUUUGGACCAAGAACAGCCUGCACUGCGCUUCUUUGUUGGUGGCUACGUCUUUGCGGUGAGUGUCCAUAGAGUUCAGCUUCUUCUUCAAGUCCUCAGUGUGAAGCGUUUCCAUCACCAGCAGCAGCAGCAACAACAGCAGCAAAAUGCUUCCACUGCUCAAGAGGAACUGACCCAAUCUGAGAUAGGAGAAAUAUGCGACUACUUCAGUCGUCGUGUUGCAUCAGAGCCCUACGAUGCUUCAAGGGUUGCCUCUUUCAUAACCCUUCUCACAUUACCCAUACCGGUCUUGAGGGAGUUUCUGAAACUGAUAGCAUGGAAGAAGGGAUUGUCAUCCCAAUCACAAGCUGGAGAGGUAGCUCCUGGUCAGAGGCCACGCAUUGAGUUAUGUCUUGAGAAUCAUUAUUAUGGUAGUGAGGUAGACAACAACGGUUGUGGAGCAAAGAGCAAUAUACAUUAUGAUCGGCCCCAUAAUUCAGUUGACUUUGCAUUGACUGUUGUCCUUGAUCCGGCUCAUAUACCCCAUAUAAACGCUGCUGGAGGAGCCGCAUGGUUGCCCUACUGUGUCUUGGUCAGGUUAAGGUAUUUAUUCGGUGAAAACCCGAGCGUGACGUUUCUUGGGAUGGAAGGAAGCCAUGGAGGUCGGGCAUGUUGGCAGCGCAUUGAGGACUGGGAGAAAUUUAAACAGAGAGUGGCACGUACGGUGGAAGUUAAUGGUUCUUCUUCUGCAGGAGACAUGACACAGGGGAAACUAAGAAUAGUUGCAGACAGUGUCCAGAGAACGUUGCAUUUGUGCCUCCAAGGACUGAGAGAGGGAAACCCCACCUCUGGAAAUCCUAGCUAGCUCCUCCCCCAUAUUCUCAUGGUUCCGUACAACAGGGACAAAACUGAAUCAGAAACAGUAGUACUUGCAACAACUAUAGAGCUUGUUCUUCUCUUCAGCCUUCCAAGUCAGGAACUUGUUUCUCCAAUCAUUCUGGUUAGGAAGUUCGUCUUAUGCUUUUUCUCCCUAUGUACAUAUACAUGUCACUGAAGAGGAAAACUGGUUUUGUUUAUGUCUCUCUGCCUCUGAAGAACGCCCAGCAAAUGAAACUGGCUUCUUGGUCACCUUGUCUCAGUUUUGAUUGUCAGUCUGUAAUUUACAGAUUUCAGGAUCUUGGGUCCAGUUUCUCCAGUAGAAUAAAACGUUCUUUGGUUUUCCUC